UCGCAGCAUAUUUCGGAGCUGUUGUGAACAAUGGCGACGUUUCGACAGAAGUGGAAGUGACAUCCCCGUUAUCAAAUGUGUUUUUACUUAGUAAUAUUAGUGAUUUGUAGAUAUUAGGCAGGAUUCUUAGAACAUAGUAUUAUUUGUGUUUUAACUCGAGAUGGCAAGUAACGCAAACGCAUUGUCCAGUGAUAUAAGUCGACGAAAUCCACAGGACGAAUACGAACUUAUUCAGAGGAUAGGCAGUGGUACCUACGGCGAUGUUUAUAAGGCUAAAAGACUUUCAAUGAACGAUCUUGCUGCCAUCAAAGUUAUCAAACUCGAGCCAGGAGAUGAUUUUGCAAUAAUACAACAGGAGAUUUUGAUGAUGAAAGAUUGUACGCAUCCCAACAUCAUUGCAUACUAUGGAAGUUAUCUACGAAGAGAUAAAUUAUGGAUUUGUAUGGAGUACUGUGGUGGUGGGUCGCUUCAAGAUAUCUACCAUAUCACUGGACCAUUAUCUGAGAUCCAGAUAGCUUACAUGUGUCGUGAGACGCUUCUAGGGCUAUCUUAUUUACAUGAAAAAGGGAAAAUGCAUAGGGAUAUCAAAGGUGCCAACAUUUUACUCACAGACAGUGGAGAUGUAAAAUUGGCAGACUUUGGUGUGUCUGCUCAGAUUACAGCCACCAUCAACAAAAGAAAAAGUUUCAUUGGAACACCUUAUUGGAUGGCACCAGAGGUCGCUGCUGUAGAACGAAAAGGUGGCUACAAUCAGCUUUGUGAUAUCUGGGCAUGUGGUAUAACAUCGAUCGAAUUAGCAGAAUUACAGCCACCAAUGUUUGAUCUACAUCCCAUGCGAGUCCUUUUUCUUAUGUCAAAAUCUGGCUUCAAACCACCAACAUUGAAAGACAGGGACAAAUGGAGUCCCACAUUUCACAAUUUCGUAAAAGUUGCGCUCACAAAAAACCCCAAAAAGAGACCAACGGCUGAUAAAUUACUGCAGCAUGCAUUUUUCCAAAGCGAUAUGAGUAAAAGAUUGGCUCUAGAACUGCUUCAAAAAGUUUCAAAUCCAAGCCACAUGUUUACGGAAUUGGAACCUGAUGAUGAUGGCGCAGUGCCGAAUGUCCCUCAGAGGAUAGCAUCGCGGCAUACCGCUAGAUCUCGACAAAGAAGUCCCAUUCCACAAUUAGAUAGCGAUGAUCGAAUAAAUUUAGAUGACGGAACACUGCAGAGAGGCUCCAUAGCUCCUCCAGUGGAUAGUAACCCAGCUUGGGACAUCAUAGACAUUAUGAAUAAUGUCAAGACUGUACAUAAUUGUGACGUGCAUCCUGACUGCGGAAUUGGAACAGCGUUUGAGGACGUCCAAGAAAAUAAGCAUGGAGCUAGAGUUACAACCGAUAGUAGACUGUCACGUCGAAGCAAAACCGGCACCGAGAUUUUACAAAUGAGUCUAAGGAGUCUAUUGCAGUACAUUGAUGAGGAGUUGUUGCUAAGGGGGAAUGCAAUGUCGAUGGUUGCUGGGCAUUGCGAUCAGCUAUACUCCCUGCAAGCUACUUUACCACUCGGAGAAUCAUCUAGUGACUGUGAAGUACACCGUGACUAUUACAACAAUGUGACCGGGUUGCAAGCGAGUCCUAGACGUCACAGCUCUGUGGACGAGUUGUAUGGCUUGGUGAGUGGGUCCCUCUCCUUGGCAGCCAUCAAUGGACAACGUCAGCGAUCGCUCUCGGACAGUGGACCGAGAGAUGAACUGCCACGGUCCAAUGUUCCAGGUGAUAACGAAAUACCUGGUAACGGAGAUGGUGAAAGCGUGGGACCCGAUCUUUUAUCUGACACUCCUCCAGUACCCCCGAGACGGAGGGACAGAAAGAGACACACGCCACCUAGACCUGUCAGUAACGGGCUUCCUCCGACACCGAAAGUCCAUAUGGGAGCAUGCUUUUCGAAGGUAUUCAACGGUUGCCCAUUAAGGAUACACUGUACGGCUAGUUGGAUCCACCCUGACACAAGAGAUCAGCAUUUACUUAUAGCUGCUGAGGAAGGAAUUUACAAUCUGAACUUGAAUGAGUUACACGAAACUGCAAUUGACCAGCUAUAUCCAAGACGAACUAUUUGGAUGUAUGUUAUAAAGGAUGUUCUCAUGUCCUUAUCUGGCAAAACUCCUCAGCUGUAUAGACACGACCUUUUAGCAAUGCAGAGUAAGCAAAUGCACAGGUUUUCGCUCCACAUGAACAGGAUACCUGAGCGAUUAGUACCUAGAAAAUUUGCUCUGACCACCAAAGUUCCAGACACAAAAGGGUGUACAAAAUGUUGUGUCGGUCGAAAUCCUUACAAUGGGUAUAAAUAUCUCUGCGGUGCGAUGCCAGCGGGUAUAUUUCUGAUGCAGUGGUAUGAUCCCCUCAAUAAAUUCAUGCUAUUGAAACACUUCGAAUGCUCGUUACCUUCACCUCUCAAUGUUUUUGAGAUGGUAAUUACACCAGAGAUGGAAUAUCCAAUGGUGUGUGUUUCCGUCAAACAGGCGUAUCAACAAAAUAAAUUAAAGUUAGACCUAAUCAACAUGAAUUCUGGAGCAAGCUGGUUCCACAGUGAUGAGUUGGAAGACAUGGAUGGUUCUGCUACCGUCAUUCCAAGAAGAGAAAAUCUUCAAGUGAUCAAUGUGAUACAGCUCGAAAAAGAUGCAAUAUUAGUAUGCUACGACAACUUAAUUAAGGUCGUGACACUACAAGGUAAACCACGUGUGAGCAAAAAGCAGAUCUCCGAACUUCAUUUCCACUUUCAAAUCGAAUCCAUCAUUUGUUUACCGGACAGUGUACUAGCAUUCCAUAAGCACGGCAUGCAAGGCAGAAGUUUUAAAAAUGGCGAUGUGACGCAAGAAAUCAUUGAUCCAAGCAGAACAUACAGAUUACUUGGUUCUGAUAAGGUUGUGAUGCUGGAAAGUCACUUGGUUCACACAGGAACAUUGACAGAGUCCGAAGGGGCAGACUUGUACAUACUCGCAGGACACGAAGCCAGCUAUUAGCCUAGCACCUAGCUAAUUUAUUCUAGCUACAAGCAGCACGACUAUAGCAAGUAAAUAAAUAAUUUUCUUGGGCCACAAUUCAUUCAAACGAUUUUCUAGAAUUCAUGUAAACUACAGUGACUAUAGCAGAGAUGCUGCUUCAUCAAUUAAGCCUUGCCAAAUUUUUUUUCACAAGCCACCUAUAACACAAUAACCAUUCAUUAUUGAUCAUACAUUGUCAUCUUUAAUGAUUUACAUUCAGUUUGGUAAGGUAUUGGGCAGCUGAUUGUCCUGUCGCGCUUCUGAUAUAGAUUCAAUCAAUUUGUGUAGCGCUUCGAAAAAUUUAAUAGCUUAUUGUAUACUGUACAUAAUUUUUUAUAGAACGAAUAUCAGCGCCUGAUUAUUUUUAUACUUCAUCCCAUUGAUCAGAAACAAAGUCUGGUUUCAAUUGAAUUUUCACUAGCAAUAUAAGUGCUCUGUGUUGCGUUAGUUGAUUAUAUUACCUAGUCUGCAAAUCUCUACUCAGUCCCUAGGGUCUACUGAUCAAUUGUUAGAGUAGCAGUAUAGUUACUAUUUAAUUGAAACACUUGUCGAUUUAUGACUAGUAUUUGAUUCAUCAACGUAGAAGAGACAACAGAAGCUUUAUUUCGUGGAGUGUUUCGUACUAUAAUUAUUGCGAUGAAUAUCGUUAUUAUUAGUAACUGAUGAUGAUCGUCAUGGUCUUGGAAGACGUGUAGAUCAAAGUAAUGUGAUGUGAUCAGCUUCAAGACUGGGAUAAACGUAAGAUCCAUAUUGAAGUUAUAAUUUCUUGUUGCUAAGUAAAUAAGACAAAGUAAGAGUACCGGACAGUGAAGAGAGUAUAUUGAAUAUUAAUUAUCAGUAAAACAACAUCCAUUCUCAUGUGCUCUUCUGUUUAGUCUUGUACUCUUAGGUUGUUGGGCACCAAAGUUUUUGUUAUAAAAUACAAAAUUUGCCGAUAUAAUUGAAUUCUAAGAAAGGAAAUAACUAUUACAGAACCAUUCGUUGUUCUGAUAUUACAAUUUUGAAUGUAAAUAGGAUGCACGGAAAAAAAUGAAGAAAGUAUUAUAUAAUUAAAAAUUUCAUUCAUUUAUUGUAUGUAAGGUUUGACUGCUUACAGUUUCAUGCUAAAUCAUAGAAUAUAAUACAUAAGACUUUGCAGGUAUUUACAAGUGAUGUAGGAUAUACUCUCAGAAAACGGAACAGGAAAGAUUCAGACCCCGAGAACGUGACUAUAGUGUAAGUGAAAUUAAAUCGUAUGCCGAAAAGGACUCCUACACUCCUUGAACUAUGCAGUCCUUGUGAGAUUUAGGUCUUAAAUUGCCAGUCAAAAUUUAUUAAAAAAAAAAAUCAAGGUUGCAGUAUGAAUUUCAAAAAUUUAUCGACUUACCAGUUUCUCUGGUAUACAUUUAACCUUUUGAGGUAAUAUGCUAACUAUUGAUUAAUUAGAAACAAAAUAUUUUAUAACAUAGCUGACUCGUUGGUUGCAAUCAUCGCAAAGUUGAAACAAACAGAUGACAAACCUCGUUAUUCAUUCGUUUGCGUUCCAUUUUGCACUUAAUAAUUAUUCUAAUGCGUGAGUUGUCCCUAAUUCGCAAUGGUAUCGAACAUAUCGUCGAAAAAUCCGUUUGUUUCAGCUUAUAAGAUGGUGACAAUGAGCAAGAAUUAGUAAUAAUAAUUCUGUAAUAUAAUAACUAAAGUAACUUACCUCGUGUCGCAAACACCAAAUUAAAAAUACUCAAUCAAACUUUGCAUUAAUCAAAUCAGUGUAAUACAUUGUAUUAGUACACUCAUGUUAGGGCAAGCGAUGUAUGUUUUUGAAGAAUGAAACGAAACAAACGUUGAGAGUAGAAAAAAAAAGUCUUCCUAAGUGUUUAAAUUUGAAAAAAAAGAGUUCCGAAACGUGCUGAAUUUGGCUAUUAAAAAUAUUCACUUAUGUUACUUCUUCAAGUAUUUUAAUCAUAUUCCAUAACUAAAAACAAUUCGUACGCACAACUCAUCUAUUUUCAACAUUGUACCUCCCUAGUUUCAUCAUUUGCUGUGUUAAGCUUUUAGAGAAAAUGAUCCAAUGUUGUUCUUUUCAUCUGUUCGAACUAUUCUUAAUCAUAUAAUCGAUUUUUCAUUUAUCACAAAGACAAUAAUCAUUCACACUACACAAUGUAUAAUACCCAUGUCUGAAGUGUUUGACUUGUAAGUUAAACGUUGUUUAAAGUGUAGCGAGACAUGGAUUGAAAAAUAAAAGAAGAAAAUUAAAGAAAUACAGCUAGGGACCGGAGCAUCCCUGUAGUGAUUUAUAGCUGCUGAAAAUCCUGCUGGUCGAUCUUUGUGACGCUCUGAUAAUUAUAAAAAAAAAAAACAAAUUAAUACCCAGUUGUCGUUAAAAAAAUAAAAAAAUAAUAUUUUAUAAAAAAAAAAAAAAAAAAAAAAAAAAAAAAAAAUUGUAGCCCAGAAUAUGAGAGUAAAAAAAAAUGAAAAAAAUAAAACAAUAAAAAUAUUUUAUCAACUUUUAAGUGACGCUCUAAGCAUGCGCGUCAAACAUAUCCAUAUUUUGCUCAUGACCACGAACGUUGAAAUAUUCUCUUAUACAAUCACAUUGAUCCAGAAAAUUAUUAGCAAAUAAUUAAUGUUACUAACUGGAACACAUAGCAAUUUAUAUCAGAUUUCUCGAUAGAUUAUUCAUAGUUGAUAAAUAGGGCAAUUAGUGCAGCAAUGGAAAUGUACGUACCUGUCCGAAUCGACCAGAUAGCUGGUUUUGCUUUCUAACACAAAUUUUACAUCACAUUUAUCUCAUGAUUGUUUAUUGUAUUUUUGAACUCUGACACGAAUCAAGGUAGUUUUAUCGAAUAAAAAAAUGAGUUUUCAAUUCCUCAAUUCAAAGCAGGAAUUAGUAAUUAGUAAUCAGCAGGAUUCAAAUAUUUCAAAGUUGAAUACAAAAAUAUUUUCGAGAAGCAAAACCAUAGCGAAUACAAAAGAGAAUUCUAUAUUUAAUAAUCGCGCAAGUCGUAUACAGAAAAAUUAAUUUGUAUAGCAGUUGAAUGAGAGUAAAAAUACCGAAAUUAAGAUAGGAAUAAAAUUGAAAAUUUUUCUAGAGGUAUUUUAAACGCUAAAAUAAAAGAACUAAAUCAUAAACUUCAUACCUACAUAGCUCGUUGUUAUAGCUGAGACUUUAGCUAAGCAGGAUACGAAAAAAAUAGAAAUCAUAGACAUGUCUUACAUACAAAAUACAAACAUAGAUAUGAGAUUUAAAACCAUACACCACGUAUGGUAUUAGAGAUUAUGGUAUAUUAUACAAAACUUUGCUCUGAUCAUUGGAGAAACAUCACGCAAGUAAUAGGGCAUCAAAUGAACCUGAUAUCGAAUCUCACCGAUGACAAACUCGAACCAUUUUGUGAAUAUAUUACCUGAUGAGUAGUUGAAUACCGGGUUGAGUUAGGUAUGUAUGAAUAAAUAAAUUAGCUGCUAAACGCCCCAAUAACAAAAUUUAAAAAAUAAAAAAACAAACAUUAAUUACACUCAUAAAUAUAGUACAUACAUUUAGAGAUUCUACGUGCAUUCAUGUAAUUUCGACUAAUAUAUUCUCAACAUUCGUCAAAUCCUGAAUCGAUAGUACAGUACCGAUGGUUCUUCGUCCUGUACUUUGAAAGAUUUAAAAAAAAAAAAAAAAAAAAAAAAAAAAAAAAAAAAAACUAACAAUGUAGGAAAAAGAGAAAGAAACAACAUUCUAGAGGUAAAAACCAUUGAAUUAUUAGUAAUAAUUAUACUAUAAUCGAAUAAAUAACGGAUCUGUAUAUAAUGUCUGUAUCAUAUUGGAUUAUUAUACAAAAAUAAUUUAGUUUUCAGAUGGUAUAAAAUAUUCGUUAUCCA